GCCGCCUCCUCCUCCUCCUCCUCCUCCUCCUCCAAGUCGGCGGCGCGCAAGACGACGGCGGGGUCGAGGAGGCCCGAGAAGCCCCCCUACUCCUACAUCGCCCUCAUCGUCAUGGCCAUCCAGAGCGCCCCGUCGCGUCGCGUCACCCUCAGCGAGAUCUACCAGUUCCUCCAGAGCCGCUUCGCCUUCUUCCGCGGCGCCUACCAGGGCUGGAAGAACUCGGUGCGCCACAAUCUGUCGCUCAACGAGUGCUUCGUGAAGCUGCCCAAGGGACUCGGACGCCCGGGCAAGGGCCACUACUGGACCAUCGACCCGGCGAGCGAGUUCAUGUUCGAGGAGGGCUCCUUCCGACGCCGCCCGCGCGGCUUCCGACGCAAGUGCCAGGCACUGAAGCCCAUGUACGGAAUGAUGAACGGCCUCGCCUUCAACCACUCCGUCUUCGACUUCCAGGCGCCCAUGGGAGGCCUCCAGUACCCCGGCUCCAACGGCUGCGGCGUAGGCAGCCUCGCGGUGGGGGGUCACCAAUCGCUGCAGGAGGCUUUGGCCGGUGUGGAGCCGUGCGUUGCCGGCAACGGCUCCGUCCUCUCCGCCGUUGUGCAGCAGCAGCAGCAGCAGCAGCAGGCGGCGGUGGGGGCCGCAACGUCUGCGUCGGCGUCGGCUUCGUCGGCGACGGGAGCGGAGGCCUCGUCCGCGCAUCUGCCCUACGUGGAGUUCAACCCGCAGCUCGCCGGCUCCGUGGUCUCCUCGGGACUCGAUGUCGGCGGCUCGUACGGCGGCGGCGGCGGCGGCGGAGGAGUAGGGGGCCAGUCGGGCCAGCAGGCGUGGCACAACUCUCACCACCAUCACCACCACCACCACCACCCCGCCACGCACCACCACCCCGCCACGCACCCGGGCCACCACCACCCUCACCACCACGGCCACCACAGUCACCAGCAGCAGGCGCCGAACCCGUUCGUUUUCAACCCGGCGGCAGCGUCGGCCGCAGCCUCGUCGUCCUCGUCGCCCGAGCACAUGUACAACGCUCACGCCACGGUGCGCGAGCCCCCCGGAGCACUCUCGGGAGUGAUGUCUCGCUACGGGAGCUCCUCGCCGGCGCUGUGCGAGCACAAAGACUUCGGCUUCCACUUCAACUCCCUGCACGGGGGCGGGGCGGGUCCCCUGCAGCACGCGGGCCUCCACGGGGGCGGCUUCUACUCGUCGCAGCCCGCCUACCUGCACGACGUGAAGCCCUGCCUCAACUAAGCACGCCCCGCUCGCCGCCUGCGUGUCGGGACAACUCGCGCAGCCGACCUGCCUGCCUACCUGCCUGCCUGCCUGCCCAGCCACUCACCUACGUGGUGGACAGACGGCAGCCUCGCUCACCUGCCUACCUACCUACCUGCCCAGCCACUCACCUGUAUGGACGAUCACUCGCCUGCCCACCCAGCCCUUCACCUGUAUGGACAGGAUAGUCACUCGCCCCCCUCCGCCCCCCACCCAAGCACUGACCUGUAUGGACAAUUAGCCACCUGUACAUACGGUCAAUCACCUGCCUGGACAGUCACUCACCUGCCCGUCCAGCCAUUCACCUGUCUGCCUUGCCGAUAACCUUGCUGCCCACCUACUCGCCUAUCUGGAGAGUCGCUCACCUGUCUGUAAGGUCGCUCACCUGUCUGUAAGGUCGCUCACCUGUCUGUAAGGUCGCUCACCUGUCUGUAAGGUCGCUCACCUGUGUGACUGUUCGAUCACCUGGCCGCCCGCCCCACCCAGCCAGGCACUCGUUGUUUUGGCCGAUCACCUGCCUAUCACCGGCCUAUCUCACACGUGUGCCUACCUGCCUAUCUACCCCCAAACCCUGCGCAGUCAUUCACCAUACCCGUAGCUGCCCUCCAUCCUUCUCACCUAUGCCACGACCACCACUCCCCCCAACCCCCUCCAUGUGAACGGUUGUAAUGCAUAUUAUAAACACCUGCACGGCGUAUGAACAAUGCCACCAAACGUCUCGGUUUGGCCAGGACAGUUUCCGUGGGUUUCACGAAGUCUGCCCCAGAGCUUCCCCGUGCAUCGUUUGCGAAGAAAGUCUGAAUGUCGUCUCUCUGACUUAAAUGGGUUUUUUUUCCCAUCCUCUCGCCACGUGGCUCGAACUCUUUAAUAUGGGGGGGCGGGGGGAUAGCCUUACCUUAAGCAUCGCGCGUGGUUGGCAGAGUGGGUGGGGCCCUACAGAGUAGUGGGUGGAGCUAAUGACAGGUCACGCCCCCCUCCCCUUAUAUGGACGGGCGGGGGGCUAGUGGCUGAGUGGGCGUGGUUAUGAAUCGGCCACGUGGCCUUUUGGGUUGAGCCUGCCAGAAUUUUGCUCGCUUUAUAAAGUACAGUAUACACUGCAGCACGCUGUUGUCCCCCCCCCCCCAUGUAAAUGGUGUGGACCGGGGCUAAAUGAAUUGGGUGGGGCGUGGUUAUGCAAAACUUGGGCGGAGCUGAUGAAGGGGAGGGAGUUUGCAAGACGCAGCCACGUGGCCUUGGUUGAGCCUACCAGAAAUGUGCCCGCUUUAUAAACAUUUUGGUCUCCCCCACCUUCCCCUCCACCCUCACCUCACCCCCUCCCCCCUGUCCCCACUGCC